ACUUCCCCACCGUGUCUCUCUCUCUCUCUCUCUCUGCGCAGACAAAGAAACUUUGGAGAUGCUCUAAACACAUGUCUACAGAAGAUAAGACGUGAAUAUUUUCUCCGGAAAUUUUCAUUUUUUCGUUCAUUUCUAUAGAUUCUGAUCCCUGCAAAAAAAAGAAAAAAAGAAAUGGGAAGCAAAUGGCGAAAAGCAAAGCUAGCUUUGGGUCUAAACUUGUGUCUUUACGUUCCCAAAACGGCCGAAGAGUCUUCAUCGCUGGCAAGGAGAUCCAACGACGCCGUUUCGCUUUCUCCGGUAACUGUUCCAAGGCCCACGACGCCUACUCCGUCCUCCUCUGGUCUCCGAUUGCCUAGGUCCAUUAGCAUAUCCUCAUCAAAGAAAACAUGUGCUAUCUGCUUGACGGCGAUGAAAGCAGGACAAGGUCACGCAAUCUUCACAGCAGAAUGCUCUCACUCGUUUCAUUUCCACUGCAUCACCACCAACGUUCAACACGGGAACCAGAUUUGUCCCGUUUGCCGAGCUAAAUGGAACGAAGUCCCUCUUCAGAGCCCUAAUGCUAAUGCUAAUAAGUCUAAACCGAUAGUACUUAGACCAAGAGAUGAUGCGUGGAUGACAAUACCACCACGCAGGUCGUCUCAGAACCAAUCUUCUCCGCGUCCCGACCGUCUAAUAAGACCUGUCUCCACGAUCUUUAACAACGAGCCUGCUGUUUUCAAUGACGACGAGGCUCUGGAGCUUCAAGACCUUCCUUCCGAAUCAUCCAAUGGCGUCUCCGGGAAGCUGGAAGUUAAAACGUAUCCAGAGAUCUCAGAAGUGGUGAGAUCCGUUUCGUUCAAGGACUUCGCCGUGCUGAUCAACCUAAAAGCUCCUCCUGUCUCAUCCUCCUCUUCUUCUGCUUCCCGUGCCCCUGUUGAUCUAGUCACGGUUCUUGACGUGAGCGGAAGCAUGGCGGGAACGAAACUAGCUUUGCUGAAACGAGCCAUGGGGUUCGUGAUUCAGAAUCUCGGACCUUUCGACCGUCUCUCAGUCAUCUCCUUCUCCUCCACGGCACGCCGUAACUUCCCUCUCCGUCUCAUGACGGAGACAGGUAAGCAAGAGGCGUUACAAGCUGUUAACUCUUUAGUCUCAAACGGUGGGACUAACAUAGCUGAGGGUUUAAAGAAAGGCGCGAGGGUUUUAGCCGACCGUAGAUUCAAGAACUCAGUAUCGAGCAUCGUCCUCUUAUCCGAUGGUCAAGAUACAUACACCAUGACUACUAGUCCCACUGGCUCUAAGUCUAAUAACACCAAAGGAAGUACUGAUUACAAAACCUUGCUUCCUAAAGAAGUAAACCGGAUCCCGGUUCACGCGUUUGGUUUCGGUGCUGACCACGACGCUUCCUUGAUGCAUUCCAUCGCUGAAAACUCGGGAGGGACGUUUUCUUUCAUAGAGUCCGAGACGGUUAUACAAGACGCGUUUGCGCAGUGCAUUGGUGGUCUUCUUAGCGUCAUGGUUCAAGAGCUUUGCGUCAAGAUCGAGUGUGUUCAUCCCUUAAAGAUUGGUUCGGUUAAAGCUGGGAGUUACCGGUUCGAUUCGAGAACCGGUUCGAUUGAAGUGGGUGAUCUUUAUGCAGAGGAAGAGAGGAACUUCUUGGUGGAUCUUGAUGUUCCUAUUAUAGAUGGCGUUUUGGAAUUGGAUACAAUGUCGUUGCUCAAGGUUGGAUGCGUUUACAGAGAUCCGGUGACGAAAGAGACGGUUGAUAUGAGUUCUUCCGGCGAAGUAGUGAAGAUUCUAAGACCGGUUGUGAUGUUGUCGGAACGAAAACCUGUGGUGUCUAUCGAAGUUGAUAGACAGAAAAUUAGGUUACGUGCGGCGGAAGCAAUCUCCGAAGCUAGGGUUUUAGCUGAGCGGGGUGAGUUAACCGAAGCUGUUUCGGUUCUAGAGACUUGUCGUGGGGUUUUGUCGGAGACUGUGUCGGGAAGAGCGGGAGAUCCGUUGUGUGUGUCGCUUUGCGCGGAGCUGAAGGAGAUGCAGGAGAGGAUGGCGAGCCGUCAGGUGUACGAGAGUUCUGGUAGGGCUUACGUUCUCGCGGGGCUGAGCUCGCACUCGUGGCAGAGAGCCACGGCGAGAGGGGACAUGAGUGAUAGUACGACGAUUAGUUACCAGACGCAGUCGAUGGUGGAUAUGGUGAAUCUUUCUCAGACCAUGACGUUCGGAUGCCCUCCUAGAGCAAACUCUAGUUCGAAUAAUCCUAAUCCAAAACCUUCGGCUCAGAGGAAGCUCCGGCAGGCUCUCACUUUCCCGGCGAGGCCAAGGCCUAGGUGAUUGAUUGGUGGAAGCUAUUUGAUGACGUUAUGCAUUUUUCAUAUUCUCUUGGUUUUUUUUUUUCUUAUGACGAUUUGUUUUGCAAUUUGGGAGGGGUAGUUUAAGUUUAGUUUUUCAAUUUUGGGGGUAUAAGUUGAAUGAUUAGCUUCUGGUGGGGUUGGAACAAAAAAUGAAAAAGAAUAUGGUACAAUUGUGGAAUCGGUGGUUAUAUAUAAGGUAAUUACAUUGGCAUUUUUAGCAA